GUUAGCGCCCAGACUCGGACCGCUGGUCAACUGCAGCGGAUAUUCCAUCCCCUGGCCCCUUUGAGAAACGAUGUGCAGCUCACAACAGUUCGACAGUGCAGCCUGCAGGACGGUGGCAUGUGCCUUGGUCUGGACCUGACAGUCCUGAAGGCCCAGCCGGAUGCGGUCGUGAAGGAGCUUGUGUACACUUGCCAGAAGGAGGGCUUCGCCAUUAUGGACGUCAACGACUCUGCAAAAGACUACAACUGGCAGCUUCGAUAUCAGAACAGAUACGUUGUGACACUGGUGCAGAAGCCGAACAUUAGCAGCACUUCGCUGAGUGAAGUGAUGAGUGUCUUCGGAACAAAGGGCAUCAACAUCAUCAAAAUAGAACGACUUAGCAGCCGUGACAUCGCUUCCCUGCAGUUCACGGUGAGCUUGCCCGAGAGCCUUUCAUCGGACGAGUUCUCCAAGCACCUC